CGGCUGCACUGCAGGACUGGACCGCGCGCGCAUGCACGCCACACGGCGGGACUACCCACCAGCAGAGGCGGUCCGCUCGCCCGCCAGCCCGCGAUUUAUUCCCUUCCUUCAAUGUGUCAAUGUCGAGCGAUUCGCCACGGCCGCCAGAAGUAGUCACCGAGUCGGAAGCAACAUGUGCUGUACACGCGAUUCCGAGUUGAGUGCGGUUAGGGUUUUUGACGCUCGUGCCGCCGCCGCCGCCGUUACGGCGCUCUGCCGUUAACCACUGCCGGUGAUAUUUGUAUYAUUAUUAUUAGUGUUCUGGCCGUUUUGUUAGCGAGUCUCUCGACGAUUCCAGUUACUCGGUUAUCCGGUACAUCGCGUUUGAUACUUGUUUUUUUGGGAUUUUUUUUUUUUUGUUUAAUUGAUGGGAUUCGUCCACAUUGAAGGAUUAUUAUAAUUUAUAUUAAACAAUUUGAAAGAUCCAAAAAUUGUUGCACCGGUACAAACUCGAUUUUUACGGCGACGUCAUGUUUCCUGGUGGCUGUUGUGACGAUUCUGCGAACAUACCGUCGUCCAUGUAUCCGAGCUGCACGCCUAUGCCGCAUGGCGUAACUUGUUUCACCCCGACCGUAGACCGUCAACGUCACCCGUACGUACCACAUCUUCAGCAGCAGCAACACCACAAUAGAAACCAGCUGCAAUUGUCGUUCAACCAACUACACAAUGACACGCCGAUUCAGCACCACGACCACACAAGUCUGUGCGCCAUGUCGUCGUCUCCAGUCACGCCGCUGGACAACGGUUACCGGUCCAUGUCGUCGUCGCAUUCGUCGCCCAUGUCAUCGUCUUCGUCGAUGUCGCCCAUGCCGUAUUGCCCCGGUUACUCGCCUAAUCAGCAGCCGUACGACUGUCAUGGCGUUCCCGCUCAUCCAUCGGURGCCGACUAUCCGCCGCAAUCGCACAACGCAUAUUACAUCACUUAUGAAAAUAAUCAUCCCCCGGCACCCGUCCCUAACAACGCUCAAGUGCCGUUGCCUACACAGCCACCGUGCCAAACUUUACAAAACUACAACAACAACUAUUACAACAACCACAACAACAACAACAUAAAAUACAAUAACAUCAACAACAACAAUAACAAUAAUACUUACACCGAUCGCUACGAAUGCCAGGAUUUGCAGCAGAUUACCAGUAAACUCACCGGAAACAAUUCCAGUCGACAAAGUCGAAAUCUGGCAGAAAAACAAAGACGAAACAAGUUAAAUACUUGUAUUACAGAACUUUCACAACUUGUACCACUGAUAUCAAAUUCUUCUAAAAAAAUAGAAAAAACAAGUGUUCUUAGACUCAGUGCUGCAUAUCUCCGACUAAAUCGAUUGUUAAUAGGACUAAGAGAACAACGAGAGAAACUGCCAGCUUGCAUAAAUGGAGUUAACGUGGCUGAUCUUCUGUUGGACGAUAACGAUGUAUACCUCAUGGUCACAUCUGGUGGAAAAAUUGUAUUUGUUUCGCACUCCGUGGAGAAUAUAUUAGGCUAUUCACAGAUCGAUCUCAUGGGCCAAUCACUUUUUAACUUUGCCCAUCCUAAGGAUCACGAUGAGCUAAAAAAGAACCUCAAGUAUCAAGACGAAAAAUCAAACAGCGGCAUCGUUUCUAUUAAUGAUCCUUUACUGAACAUUAAACAAAAUAGUAAAGGGGAUAGUAAAAUACAACGUAGAUCAUUUUAUUUACGGUUGGUCAAGAAAGUGGUUUCUCGUGAUGAACAACCAGAGUUUGAGUUGGUACAUGUGAUGGGAACAUUAAUGAUUCAACAAUCUGAUUCAAAAAAUUCUGAAGUCACKGAAAACGAUGUUGUGUUAAAUGCAGUUGUCAGGCCAUUCAAUGAACGGCGUGUGACUGAAGUAUCAAUGUUGGAAGCAACUGGUGAAGAAUACAUAACCAGACAUCAAAUUGAUGGCCGAAUUAUAUAUGUUGAUCAUAGAAUUUCUAUUGUAUCUGGAUUCAUGCCUCAAGAAGUAUCUGGACAACUGGCAUUCAAAUACAUGCAUAAAGAUGAUGUACGUUGGGUGAUGAUUGCUCUAAGACAAAUGUAUUUUAAGGGUCAAAGUUUUGGCAGUAGUUGCUAUAGAUUAUUGUCGAAAAAUGGAGAAUUUGUGUAUAUGAGAACUCAUGGUUUCUUGCAAUUAAAUCCAAAUGAAGAUACAAUUGAAUCCUUCAUUUGUGUUAAUACCUUGGUGCCCCCAGAACAAGGGAAAAGAGAAAUAAUUGAAAUGAAAAAACGAUUUACACCAUUAAUAGUUGCUGCGUCUGAACCUGGGAUUGCUGCAAUAACUAAUAAUCAAUUUAUGGAAAAAGAAUCUUCAGUGACUUUGGAAGAUGUUACUGAAGAUCUUAAAACAUUAGACAAGGUGGUCGAACAAAUGAUUAUAAAUAUUCCUGAACCGGCAAUUGACAAUUUUAAGGUUACUGCGAAGAAUCCGGGACCUCUGCCAGAUAAUCAAGAGUAUAUGAGGGUUGCACUAUUGUCCAAGUCAAUACCUCCGGUUUCAGUAGCAUCUAAUGCACCAAAAAUUUAUAAGCGAUCAUCUCUAUCCCCUCAACCCAAUGUUGUUAAGCCAGUAACUCAGGAUCGGCCAUCUGUACUUCGAGUGGCCCCACCAAUUUCUCGACAACCUGUUCUAGUUUAUAAUCAUCAAACCUAUGAAAAAACAACAGAGAAAGAUCGAGCUUAUUUAGAGCGUAGGGGUGGCAUAUUUGUCUUACCCAAAAGACAAAAUGAUUCACAACUAAUAUUAGAUAACUUGCCAAAAAAAGCAAAAAUUGUGUUAGACUCACAAGUUGAAUCUCCUGCUUGUAGCAAUUACAGCAACCAACCAGAUUCACUGUCUGACCAUCAGCUAACUAAAGAAUGUAUUGACAAUUUUUCAAACUUUCAAGCUGAUCCAAUCCAACUUAUUUCUCACAACAUAGAUGACCACAAUAUUAUUGAUCCUUUAAUUGCUGAUGUGACCGAUAUUGAUCAUUUUACGAAAACCAUUGGCGAUAAUAACUCUUUGAUCAUAGGACCGGAUAGUUAUGAUUCAUUUGUUAAUGGUGUUUAUGACGAAGUUGGUCCAAUAGAUAUCAUUCAAGAUCCCUUAAUUCAAGCCCUACAACACAACAGAAGUUUAGAAAGUGCUUUGCUUGAGAAAAAACAGAACACACUUAAGACAAAAAUGGACCAACAACAAGGUCAACUGAAAGAAAUCCAAACCGAGUUAAAUUCACUUUCUUCAAAUGCUAACACACAUUUUCUAGCUACAGAUUUUUCUCACUUAAAGGCUGAACAUGAGCAUCAACAACAAGUGUUACGUGAACUACAAGGAGUACAUAAAAACAUUGGAGUGUAAUCAUCAAUAUUAUGUAACCUAAUAUUUCACUUGACAAAUAUGUAAUUGGUGUAAUAUAUUUCCGUUCUCGUGAUAAUGCUUUCUUAAGAAAUACAAAUUAAAUCCAGAGCGUCAUAACCUAUUUAAAACUAUAAAUUGUAAACUACUUGUUAAUUUGUAUUUAUAUAUAUUUAUU